UAACAUACGUGAUUGUCAGCCUUCAGUGAUCAAUCAAGUAGGCCUACUAAGCCUUCAGGCAGUCUUAACAAACACAUAGGCUACUGCAAGUGGUAAACAACUACGUACGUGUGCGCGUACUUCUGUUUUUACACACGCGCGCGCACUGCCCAUAUCGAUGCCCUUGCCUGCGUCGUGCUCAGUACGUUUGAUCCACACGGGGCUCCUGCGCGUGCACUCAGCACUUGGCGGACAGACGCUGCUGAUACCGUGGGCUCAGUUCAUCACAGUCCUCCUCCAGUCACGGUGAAACAGUCUGGGAUUCCUUCAGUGCUCGUUCGGGGAUGAGCAUCUGGACCAGAGAGUGUCCCGGGGACUACGCGUCGAGGCGCUCCGCUGUAGGCUACCUCUCCCUGUGCCCCUGCCCACACAGAGGAAAUAAACACACCGACUGACGACAGUUUGACUAUUUUUGACACAAUGGCAGGCGCAAAGUGCCUUCUGAAAACGCCGAGUAACUUCCAGUCGUCUGCCAUGUUUGAAGGCUCAGAGUCUGUCGAGGUGGAGGGAGGCAGCACAGAAAGCACCGUGGCCUCGUCCAUCAGUGCCUGCAAGAAGGUGCUGUGCAGCAACAGUCUGCUGGACUCAUCGGAGUACUGGCUUAGGAAUGAGAAAGCUCUGUGCAGACUGGGCCUGCUGGACGACGACGCAGAGGGCAGCUGCGCCAUGAUCUGUUUUGUAAAUCUUGACCCUCAGAAAAAAGACUAUCGCGACGACAAAAGCAUCAAGAAAUUGGCAUCGGUGUCUUCAGACCUGCCAAAGCUCGUUGAAUUACUGACUGUCCACCAGCCGAAAGAAAAUGAGAUCCUACUGCUUGGUGGCCUGGAAGCCUCAGACGCUUGCCAAACACACCCACACUCCCUCUCUCAGGGCGGGCAGCUGCAGAGUACAGGCGUGUGCCUGGUUCAGUGUUCAGGGCAGAGACACUCCACCCAAACUAGCAGCAUCAUCUUUGAUAUCAACAAGUUCCUGAUUGGUCUGCAGUGGGGAAAGGAGCAACAGCUUCAGCAUGGCCGAACAGCAGGGCAACGGGUCGAUGACGAUACCAAUCGCUCCAUCUCGUCCAUAGAAGAAGACUUCCUGACUGCCUCAGAACACCUCGGUGAUGACAGCGAGGAUGAUGGCUUCAGAAAUGAACCAGAGAGUGGUGACCUGGCAGAGAGCUUGGUAGAGGCUGCACAGAAACACUGUGUCAGACUCGCAUGUCAGAGGGGACAGCUGGCCCAUCAUCAGAACAAGGAGGAUGCUGGGGUGAAAAAGGAAGGGCAUCGGCGAGGAAGCCUCCACACUAAGGAAUCAGCUGGUCACUAUGCCACAAAUCUGGCCGAGUCGGUGUUGCAAGAUGCCUUCAUACGCCUCUCUCAAGAUGAAACCUCCUUUGUUUCUGAGGCUGCUGUCAGUGUGUCCCUCUCUAGUCAUCCUGCAAAGACCAAGCAGCCUUCCCAGCAGCGCACCUGCUCUUUUGAACUCCCCAAGAUUGUUAUAGUUCAAAGCCCAGACAGCUCUGAUGGGGCUGUAGAAUGGCCAGAGACCCAGGUGUCCCAUGUGCCUGACCAGGAUAUCAUUGCCAAAGCCAGAGAGGAGCCAGAGAAUGGGACACAGACCCACAUUCCCCACCACAAUGGAGGACACCCAUCCAAACAUGUAGAGGUGGCUUUGGCCUGUGCUGCCAGUGUCAUUGGCACCAUUACUACCCCGCAGCUGACAGAACAGCUGGCCAUGGAAUCAGCCUCAGAGGAAGACACAGAGGAGGAGCUGCAGGAACCAGAGGAAAGGGGAGACUACUCCUUCUCCUCAGCCAUGUGUGGCAUGGCUCAGGUAGCUGGUGCUGUAGCAGCUUUGGAGCUAACAGAGGAGUCAGGGGAGUGCUGCGAUUCUGAUGCAGAUUCCACUGAAGUCUACACAGCAUCCCGUGGUCUGAUGUCUGCAGCUGAGGCCUCAACAGCCUUCACGCUGCACUGCAGUGUGGCAGAGAGUACCAGCGUUGAAGCGUUUCGUGCCAACAUUGCUGAGGUCCUACACAGGGAAGCAGCUGAAGUGCUGACUCAGCCACAAGACUACAGGAGUGUGGCCCACCUUCUGGAAGCCACACAUAACAAGAUAGUAGAUGGCAUUACUUGUCCAAAGAAAUCCUACAUGGACGAAAGAGAGGUGGAUGACUUAAUAAAUGAGGUUGCAGACAGCUUAUUUAAGCAUGCUUUAGAGAAAGCAAAAAAGAAAAAAGAACUAGAGGGUACUGGAAAAGAUGCACCAAACCUCCAGGUUUUUCUGCAGGACAGUGUUAACAAUUUGCUGUUUGAUAUCCUUUGCCUGACACAGAAGAAAAUCAGUCACAUCUCUAAAUUUGACCAAGGGUCAUUUGAAAUACAAGAGGGUGAUAGGGAGCUUAAUACCGCCAAGGAUCCAUUCAGUCAAUUACAGUGCUUAGUUGGCAACAGCCAGUCCACUAAUAGUGAGAACCAGAGCGGCAUGCUACACUGCACAGAUAAACUUACCGUGGUUCCUGGGCUGAAGGAGAAAUAUGUGCUUGAGGAAAGUGAUCUCAUUGCAUCUUGCCCCAUAGCACACAGCAAAGAGCAACAGCAGCAGUCAUCAUGCAGACAAAGUCAGUCUAAAUCCACCUCCUCACCUGCCAAGGACUUCUCUGACUACCAACAGAUCCAGCAUAACAGUGGUGCCAUCAGAGAACCUUGGAGUGAAAUCCCAGUUUAUAGCACAGAGAAGAGGGGACGACAGGCCUCCCUCACACCCCAGUCCUCCUUAAACUCUUGCACUUCUCUGCUCUGCUUGAGAAUGGACUCAGAGUCCAGGACACCUAUCACUUGCUAUGCUGAUGAUUUGGCUGCUACAGUGGUGUCUAUGGCCACAGAACUAGCAGCCAUCUGCCUGGAGAACUCCAGUGGGAAACAACCCUGGUUCUGUGCCCUGAAAGGGACGUCAACUGAAGGGCCAGAAGCCUACUUGAUCCCUGCUUGCCGCACAGUCCUCAGAAGGAAAGAAGGUCAGAGCAACAAUGCUGCUUCCAAGAAACAUCGGGCACCACGCCUCAGUGAGAUCAAGAGGAAGACGGAGGAGCAGCCAGAGCUGAUGGAGCGGCUUGUGAACCGAGUGGUGGACGAAUCUGUCAACCCAGAUGAACCGCAGGACCCAUUUGCCCUCUUUGCCUCUGAAGUCACCGCUAGGAUCAUGAAUUGCCCUGAGCUUAAUGUGGUGGAUACCUCCAAAACAGGCCAGCCACGCAGCAGGUUGCAGUGUGAGAGGUGGAGCCGUGGGAAGGCAUCUAGUUAUGAGAGUAUUCCUGAAGAAGACGCAGACCCGUCAGGCACACCCAACACCCUGGGCCCUGGCAGUAGGUUAGGUCAGAACUUGAGCCGUGGUAGCUCAAUAUCUAAGCAGUCCAGCUGUGAGAGCAUCACAGAUGAGUUCUCACGAUUUAUGGUAAACCAGAUGGAGACAGAGGGCAGGGGCUUUGACCUUCUGCUGGACUACUACGCUGGGAAAAAUGCCAGCAACAUUCUGGCUGCAGCAGUGCAACAGGCUGCCUCGAAGAAAAAUGGUCACCUUAAUGUCAGGACCUCAUCCUGCUUGUCCAAACAGUCUAGCACAGAGAGCAUCACCGAGGAGUUCUACAGGUUUAUGCUUCGGGACAUGGAUAAGGAAAACAAAGAGUAUGGCAUUGCCAAGACUAAAGAGUGGAGCAACAGCCUGUUCCCUCCUUCUCCUAGAACACCCUUCUGUAUACGACAGUCCUCUGUCCCUGAUCGGCGCUCCUCAGACUCACGACUGACUGUCAACUCACCCAUUAAAGCCAACUCUUUUGAUGGAUUUGGCCGCAAUGUGCAUGGAGACACGCUGAACAUCUUCCCCACCAACUCAGUGUCAGCAACUGGACUGUGUAAAUCAGACUCCUGCCUCUAUCAAAGGGGUAAAACUGACCAGAUUACUGAUAUGCUGAUUCAUGAGACCUGGUCGAGCUCCAUUGAGUCCUUGAUGAGAAAGAACAAGAUCAUUGCUGAUUCAGAGGACAGUAUUGAGCUGGAGGCUCCAGGAGAUCCCCAGCCCCAUGUGCAGCAGUUUGCCAAUCGCCUGGCAGCUGACAUUGUAGAUAUUGGCAAGUCUGCUCUGGGGGCCCAGCAAGAUGUAGCCGGGGGCACAUCUGGGUUGCUCUCACAGCCACACAUGCCUGUUGGUGAAAGACGGAGAGGGUUCAAACAAUCUCAUCUAAGUUGUAGUCGGACUAGGUCCAGCCAGGAGCAAACUGGCACUGGAGUAGGGUCCGGGACUAGUGACAGCGGUGCACCCCGAAUGAGGGGCCCCAGAGAUGUGCCGCUGAUCCACAUUGAGGGAGAUCAGAGGGAUGAACUUCUAAACCCUGAAAGGACAGGAGGAGGACCUCAGGAAACAUCCCCAGACAUGUCAGCUAACAAGCGUACAGAGAGAGCUACAGCCAGCAGCGGCAGCAGUGAGAGGGACAGGCCAGCUGUGGCGGUGGCUGCAGUAGUGAAGAGGGACAAGCGUUCUAUGAGUGCUAGCAGUGAAGAGAGCAUGGGGAGCUGGUCCCAUAUAACUCCCGAAGAUGACCCCCACGAGGAGACCAGUAGUUUUAUCCAGCUGAGCGAGGGGAACGGGACCAGCAGCGCAUCCAGCCUAGGCCUGGCAGACCUGGAUGCCUUUUCUGACGUGCCCACUACGAGCACAGUAAUCAGUGAGGAGACAGAGAAAGGCCAUCUGGCAGGAACCAAGGGGAAUAUCUUUGAGAGCAGUUCAGCGAGGACAACAGGCGGCAGCAGCAACCUCAGGGUGCUGUUGGUGGUAAACUGCGACCUUGAGCCUGAGUGCGUGGACUCGGAGCUGAGAGUGGCCCUACAGUGGAUUGCCGCCUCCGAGCUGGGCCUUCCUGCUCUAUACUUCAGGAAGUCCAAAGAGAAGAGGGUUGUGAAGUUCCAGAGGGUAGUCCAUCUGAUGUCUCAGAAGGCGUGGCGGAUUGCGGACUUGUUCAGCGCUGUGGUUCAGUUCUGUAAACUACACGAGAAAGAGGAAGAGGAGGGCCGGUCUCUUUCCAGCCUGUUUGAUUGGCUGUUGGAGACCCUGUAGGGCGGACUAGCCUCCUCAUACUGCAAACAAAAACACACAUGCUCACUCAUUCAUUCACACUUCUAAAAUGUCCCCAACUGUUUGCCCCAUCCUGUCUCACCCACCAAGUGUCUCUGCUGCAAGCUGAAGGCAUAAAUGCGAUCAGCAUGCUUGAGAAACUCGUACACCACAAUCUGUCCACGGACGUUGGGUCUUUUUGUCUGUUCCUAGCCAUGAAUAGACCAGUCUCCCUUUAAUAAAAGCAUGUUUUUGUUUUCAGAUUCACUUCUCUAGUGAGACACAAACACAGAGCAAGCAAACUGUAGGUGUACGGGUUGGACCUUCCUGAUGGCAAUGAAACAGCCUUCAAGAGAUUAUAGUCAGCAGGUUUUAACUGCUCCAGAUUAUAUAUAAAUAUAUAUUUACAGAUUCUCACAACCAAAUUAUGUGCUUAUUUAUUUGUUUAUUCCAAAUGUACACACAUGAAGCAAAGUACCAAUAGAAGAUAGGAAAAUCAGGUUUAAUUCUCCCCACAACUCAACAUGCGCCAACCUUUUGUAUCAAAACUACUUUGUAAAAGAGGCUUUGUAAGGAAACGUAAGCCCAGAAAAAAAAGCUCUUUCACUUUCUUAUAAUGGUCACUUAGAAGAUCGCAUUUGCUUAAAGUAAGCAAAAUAUUCACGUUUGUUGUGUUCAUUGGCCUACAUGCCAUCUCUGUUGUGACCUUGAAAUUCAGUUCUAAGUGUGUUAUCUUGUUAAUGUUACUUGAGAACUGAUUAUUUUGGAUAGAUGUACUGUAUAUACUGUAGAUUUGGAACUGCUGCACCUUGGAGUAGUGGACUGCUCUCUCUAGCUUUUACUAUGUCAGGAAGACAGAGUAAGGUUUGUAAUGUUGAAUUUGUAUGUGGAUUUGGUCUGUUUAUUUCUCUACUUAGUGGUACUCUAGUGUUAAAUCAGCAGUGGGAAAAAAAGCACAUGAUUCAGCUGUAAACUCUGUCACGGUAGAACUGAAUGUAUUUAUCUUUUGACAUCAAUACAUUUCUGUGAUGUGAAAAAA